AUGAGUACUUCACGGGAGAUAAAACUGCUGCAGAAAGCGAAAAAUAAAGCCCAGAACUGCAGCAAUUUAAGAGAAGAGGCCAACAUUUGCAAUCAGCUUGGAGAGCUGCUAUCAAGAAACGGUGACUAUGAAGCUGCCAUUAUAGAGCACCAGCAGGAGUUGUCGCUGUCAGAGGUGUUAAAUGAUGUCAUCGGGCGAGCCGUGGCUAAUCGUAAGAUAGGGGAGUGUUACGCCGAGCUGGGGAACAUUGAGACUGCAUUGAAACAUCAGCGCUGUCACCUGGACUUAGCCCGUUCUGUCGGAGAUCACGCCGAGGAGCAGCGGGCACUCGCCACGAUAGGCCGGACUUACCUCUUCCUCUUUGAAUCCGACCAAUCGCGGGAAAGCCUUGAACAAGCGGAAGAUGCCUUCCGGAAGAGCCUUACUAUUGUAGAUGAUCUUCAAGGAAUGGUACCAGAACGUGAGAUUAACGAAAUGAAGGCUCGCCUUUUUCUCAAUCUUGGUUUGGUAUGCGACCACCUGGGAGAGACCAAGCGGUGCAGCGAGUUCAUUCGGCGCAGUGUCUUCAUCGCAGAGAAGAGUGGGCUACUGGAGGAUCUCUAUCGGGCCAAUUUCAACCUGGGCCACAUCUUCUUCCGCAAUGGCCAGCAUUCUAACUCUGUGCGCUGCCUAGAGCAGGCCAAAGAAUGCGCCCGGAAGAUGAAGGACAAGUUCAGCGAAAGCGAGUGCUUCCACUUCAUCGGCAAGGUCCAACUUUCAUUGGGGGAUUUUGUGGCUGCGAGACGCUCCCUUAAAAAAGCACUCUUGCUGGGCUCCCAGCAGCCACAGGACAGGCAGGCUGUGAAGAAAGCGUUCAAACAUGCGGACCUGGGCUGUAAACUCGAAGAAAAGUCAGGAGAGGAUCAAGCCAAGAAACCCUGGUCCAACGAGGCCGUCGGGAUAGCGGAACAACUCGGAGAUCUCUACUGCAAGGUCGGCUGCUACCGCAAAGCUGUGGAUUCCUACCAAGCUCAGCUUAGAGGCGCCGAGGCGUUGGGGAAGCCCGCACGCGAGCUGGCGGUCAUCCACGUGUCUCUGGCCGCCACCUUCGCUGACCUACGGCGCUACGACGAGGCCGCGCGGCACUACGGGCGGGAGCUGGCAUUACGGCAGGGCAGUCCGGCAGAGGACUGUAGCACUUGGCUAAACAUCGCAGCGGCCCAGGAGGAGAGUGGCGCCGCCUGGGAGGAUCAGGACAGGAGCUACAGUGCGGCAUUUGACUGUGCUCAGAAGUGUGCACAGCUCAGACUAAAGAAGCGUGUUUUGAGGCUAUGGUUAGCGGCCCAGAAGCGAAAAGGCUCGUCAGAUGUCAAUGACGUCGAAAGGAAACUGCUGGAGCUAUGUGCCGCCGAAGGCUGGAGUCCAGAUGGCAGUGAUGGGGAGGAGGAGUUGGAAGAGGAGAUGGACAACAGUGAACCACUGGAUGACAGUGAUGUUGUCCUCUCAGACUCAGAUGACGACCUGGAGGGAUAUGACAAGAUGGUGCCCGGAAGGAGGAAAACGGCACGGUGGAAUAAGAGGAAUGAGAAGGGUGAGACAUCCCUCCACAGGGCGUGCAUAGACGGCAACUUGAAGCAAGUCCAGUAUCUGCUAGAACAGGGCCACCCAGUGAAUCCCAGAGACUACUGCGGCUGGACUCCGUUGCAUGAGGCCUGCAACCAUGGUCACUAUGAAAUAGUCGCCGUGCUGCUGGACCAAGGCGCCAAUGUGAACGACCAGGGUGGCAACUUGUGUGACGGUGUGACUCCACUCCAUGACGCCCUGGCCUGCGGCAACUUUGCCGUUGCCAGACUCUUGAUCGAACGAGGGGCUUCUAUUAACCUUCGCAACGCUAAGGGUGAGACUGCAAUGGAUACACUCCGUCAUUGGCACAAGACAUACAAAAAGGAGCUGGACUAUGAGGCCAAGCAAGAGUGUGCAGCUACAGAGCGGCUUUUGAAGAAGGCGCUGGCAGGGGCAGUACCCGCCACUACUACCCCUCCCAAACCUUUUGACGCCCUGCAGGACAGCCAGCUGUUCGAUGCCGAAAACUCCGAGCCGCUUUUGUCCUCUGGAGGGGGCUGCGCCACCAGCCAAGACUGGCCCGGGAGCAGCAAUCGGUUAGAGGGAAACGCUUAUCAUAGCCUCAAGAAGCGACAGCUCGGCAGUUCAUCACAGCGGUUUCGAAGCAGAGGGACGGAGCCUGCUCUUCUUUAUGGGAAUAAGACCAGCUCUUCAGAUGAUAGUGACUCAGACAGCACUAUAAGUUCUGUCCGCCAGAGAGUCUCCAUACCAGUAGCUACUAAUCAAAAAGAGACAUCUCCAAAUGAAGAGGCCGAUUUAGUUAUCAACACCGGCCGAGAAAGUGGGAGGAAUCACUCCGCGCCUGGCGUCUUCGCACAGAAAGAGUACCACAGCGCCAUCCGAGGGUUAGGCAGUGCUAAAACCAUCCUGCAAGACCGCUCAACGGAGCCACUCUUCCCCGGCACGCUCCAACUUACAUCCGGCAGCAAAUCGGCACUGGUUCCCGAGGAGGAAUACCUGGUUGAUGACUGGCUGGAGGAUGAUUUGGCGGGAAAUCAUCCCAAAAAGAAGAGGAGACUACGAGCUGAGCAGAAUGGAGGAAGAGGGAAUGAAGCUGCAAUAGUGAAUGCGCCGAGGGGUGAGAACUAUUCGAUUUCAUUGAUGUGUUCUCUACCUCAGCCAUCCAGCACCAGGGGGCCCUCUUUGAAAAGGAACAGCUCAUUAAAGGCUCAGCAGGUGAAAAUGACUCAAAUACCUGGGAUGGUCCGUUUAGGGAGGCGAGAAGUCACUAGGUCGCAUAGCCCCACUCUGACAGAUGACGACGACAGACCAGAGACGCCUCCGCCACUUCACUUUAUGCAAAUACAGCCACCGACUCAAGUGUUGCCCACCUCAAUCCCGAUGUCUCUUCCCCCACCAAUAAGGAUGCGGGUCAGAGUUCAAGAUGAUGUCUUCCUCAUCCCAGUUCCACAAAGUGAUGCAGACUCUUGCACGGUGUCGUGGCUCUGCGAGCAGGCGGCCCAGCGAUACUACCACAAGUGUGGCUUGCUCCCUCGCCUGUCGCUGCAAAAAGAGGGGGCUCUGCUGUCCCCGCACGAUCUGCUGUUGGCCGUCCUGCACACCAAUGAGGAGGUGUUGGCUGAGGUGUCAUCCUGGGACCUCCCUCCUCUACAGGAGCGCUACAAGAAGGCGUGCAUCAGCCUUGCAGUGGUGGAAAACAGACGCAUCACCCGACUGUGCGAGGUGCAGGACGGGAGCGCCUCCGUGUUGGUGUGCGGCCUCGGUUUGGCCACGUCCUCUCUGGCCGCCCUCCUCCGCGCUCUCAAACUGCAGGCCGGCCUCACCCAACUGCGGUUGUCGGGAAACCGCCUGGACGAUGACCUGGUCUCCGAGCUGGUCGCCACCGCCGCCACCAUGCCUCGACUCUGCGUGCUUGACAUUUCAGCCAAUCGGGUCACCGGGGAGGGGCUCGAAAAGGCGGCAAAUGCCUUAAAGGGACUCGCCCAUCCUGCGUUUCCAAGUCUGAAGGAGUUAGACCUCAGCCUAAACCCACUGGGUGACAGUAUAUCCAAGUGUCUUUCGUCACUUCUGUCUUCCUGCCCGCUCCUGGCGGACUUGUCUCUGCGCGGCUGCGGUCUGACGUCUCGCUUCUUGCAACAGCAUCGCAUGCUGCUUGCCAGUGCCAUGACAGGCACGGGCCACCUGAAGGCUGUGACUCUUUCCCACAAUGCACUGGGCGCCACGGGAUUUGAGCUCGUACUAAAAACGCUGCCUCUACACACGCUCACGCACUUGGACCUGUCGGCCGUGCGUAGGGGCACCACUGAUUACCCGGCAUUGGAGCACCUCACCAACCUCCUGUCGCAGGACAGCUGCUCACUAACCCACCUCAGUUUGGCAGCUAAUGGGUUAACAGACAGCAGUGCAGCAACAUUGGCCAGAUGUCUUCCAACAUGUCCCAACCUGGUGAAUUUAGAUUUGUCAGGAAACCCUUCCAUCACCUCAGUAGGAUUCCAUAGCAUCCUCAGCGCACUCCGAGAAGCACGUCGACCGCUGACCCUUUUAAACCUUCAAGGUUGCCAGUUGUCGGGACCUCUGGACUGCGAGGAUCUACACACCUUGUCCGAGAUGGUCCAAGACCUGCGUCUUUGCUCUCAGGGCCUCAACAAGCUGGACCGGCAGGCUUUAAAACAGAACUGGGCCAGUAGUCAACCACAUGGCUAUUUUGUAGACCGAAAAGCGGCGUGCUUCCUCUCAACUGCGGCCUCCUCGUGA